AUGUCUAUUAUAUUACGAUGUGUUGAUUUUUCUUCAUCCCCAAUACAAGUAGUUGAAUAUUUUUUAGAAUUUUUAAUAGUAGAUGAUACAACCGGAAAAGGUCUUUUUGAUGUUAUUAUGAAUGAACUAAAUGUACUUGGUCUUGAUAUUAGUAACUUAAGAGGACAAGGUUAUGAUAACGGGUCUAAUAUGAAAGGAAAACAUCAAGGUGUUCAAAAAAGAUUUUUAGAUGUUAAUCCUAGAGCAUUUUAUACACCAUGUGGUUGUCAUAGUCUAAACUUGGUACUUUGUGAUAUGGCAAAUUGUUGUUCCAAAGCUAUGACAUUUUUUGGAGUGGUGCAACGUAUUUAUACAAUAUUUUCUUCUUCUCCUAAAAGAUGGAAAAUUCUACUAGAUCAUAUACCUAGCCUUACUUUGAAAUCAUUGUCACAAACACGUUGGGAAAGUCGUAUUGAAAGUGUAAAAGCUAUAAGAUUCCAAACUUCAGAAAUAAGAGAUGCUUUAUUGAAAUUAACUGAAGUAAAUGAUGAACCUAGAAUAAAAAGUGAAGCUGAAUGUUUGGCAACUUAUGAGCUUGGAAAGUUUGAAUUUUUGUUAGGCAUGAUUAUUUGGUAUGAAAUAUUGUUCGCAGUAAACACAGUUAGUAAGCACUUUCAAUCAAAGAAUAUGCGCAUGGAUGUUGCUAUAGAGCAAUUGAAAGGACUUAUUUCUUUUUUUGAAAAAUAUAGGGAAGAUGGUUUUGAAAAUGCCAUGAUUUCUGCCAAAGAAAUUGCUAGCGAAAUGGAUAUAGAACCUAAGUUUCGUGAAAAGCGUAUUAUUCAUAGAAAGAAACGAUUUGAUGAGAGUGUUGACAAUGAAGUUUCAAAAACUCCUGAAGAAUCAUUUAAAUCCGACUAUUUUUUGUACAUAUUAGAUCAUGCAAUUACAUCAUUUCAAAGUAGAUUUGAACAAUUUAAAAUAUAUCAAGAUAUUUUUGGUUUUCUAUUUAGUAUUGAGAAAUUAAGGUCAUUGGAAAUUGAAAAUUUAAAAGAAUGUUGUCUUAACCUUGAAUGUUCAUUAAAACAUAACGACAACUCUGAUAUUGAUGGAUUAGACUUAUUUUCAGAAUUGAAAAUAUUAAGAGAAAUCAUACAUGUUGAAAAUGAUACACCAAUUGAUAUACUUAACUAUAUAAUAAGAAUGAACUCCUUCACAAAUGCAUUUGUUGCUUAUAGAAUAAUGUUAACGAUUCAUGUAACUGUUGCUUCCGCAGAAAGAAGUUUUUCAAAAUUAAAAUUAAUAAAAUCUUAUCUAAGAUCAACAAUAUCUCAACAAAGAUUAAAUGGAUUGGCUUUAUUAGCGAUAGAAAAAGAAAUGUUAACUGAAAUUGAUUAUAAUAGUUUAAUAAAUGAUUUUGCAUCUCAAAAAGCUCGAAAAGUAAAUUUUUAA